AUGCGGCUCAUCAAUGCUCUCGUGCUUUUCGUCACGUUGGUGGCUUGCACGCCGAUCAACGACAUCCGCCAUAAGACCCUCCUCACCAGCGACAAUGCAACCAUUGUGACCGGAGUAUCCUGGAGGAAUACCGAAGGAAAUGUUCCCAUCCGACGAGAAAUCCGCGACUUGAAAGAGAACUAUCCCGAACAAUGGACACUCUACAUCAUGGGCCUAAGUAUUCACGGCAAGCCGUACAAGAUCUGGGGAGGCGUCCAGGGAGUCCCCGGAAAGUCACCCUCUGGCUACUGUCCACACGUCAACCCUCUCUUCUUCUCCUGGCACCGUCCCUAUCUCGCCCUUUACGAGCAAGAACUAUACCAGCAUGUUCGCGCCGCCGCAAUGACCUUCCCAUCCGAGAUCCACGACAAAUUCAAAGAAGCCGCCAACUCAUUCCGCAUCCCGUACUGGGACUGGGCGCUCGGCGAGGACGGCGGCGAUGUACCCGAGUUCCUCCUCUCGCCCUCCGUUGAGAUCACAGGUGCAGACGGCGUGCCGCGGAACGUUACGAAUCCUCUUCAUCACUACGAAUUCCACCCGUUGGUCUCUGGAGACUUUGACGGAAAGUGGGCGAAGCAAAACACGACAGUCCGCUGGGCCGACAGCGACUCCUCGGGCGCAAAAUCCCAAGACGAGCUCUUCCAGAAGAGCUUCAAGUCGCUGCGGCGCGGGCUCGCCGACUCGGUUGCAAAGGGCUUCCGCGUCGCGACGUCGCUGAACGGGUUCAGCAUGAGCCAUAUCGAGCCUGUCCACGGGAGCAUACACUACGCGAUCGGGGGCCAGAAAUCGGGGAACAAGGCGCCGUAUGAUGGGCACAUGUGGCCGGUUGAGUAUUCGGCUUUCGAGCCGCUGUUUAUGCUGCAUCAUUGCAACGUCGACCGCCUCUACGCCCUCUACCAAGCUCUCCACCCAAACCAAACCUUCGAAAACGCAACCAUCGGCCGCAACGGCAACUUCGUGCUCGAAAACCACGCCUGGGUCCACGGCGACACGGAGCUCAAGCCCUUCUGGGACACCCGCACCUCCUUCUGGACGCCCAACAAGGCGCGGCACACCACGGCGCUCGGGUACGCGUACCCUGAGACGCAGCCCUGGGCGUUCGAGAGCGAGGGUGAGUACAAGGUGAGUGUGGAGGAGAGCGUGGAGAGGUUGUAUGGGGGGAGUGAGAGGGGGAGGUUGGGGGUUGGGAGGGGGUUGAGGGGCGUGGUUGUGGAUGGGGAGGGCGGGUUCGAGGAGUGGAGUUUGGAGGUGAGGGCGGUGCAGGCGAGGUUGCCGGCGACGUUUGUGGUUCGUUUUGGUCUGAAGGGGGUUGGAGAUUCGGAGGUGGAGGUUGGGUCAUGGAGUGUUUUGAUGCCUAUGGAUCAUCACUUUGCGGACGGUGAUGAAGGGGGUACGGAUGAGAAGCCGAUCACGGGUACGGUGGGCUUGACGGCUGCGCUGCUGGAUCGUGUUGAGGCGGGGGAGUUGGAGAGUCUGCAUGAUAAUGUUGUCGUGCCGUAUUUGCGGGAUCGAUUGACGUGGUCGGUCGUCGAUGGCCACGGAAGCACACUCGCUGACGACGAUCUUCAUGGUCUUGUCAUCGAGACAGUGAGUACACAUGUUCGUAUCCCACACGAUCCCAAGAAAGGGUUGAUGUAUGGUGGGGAGAUUGUCAAGCACCCCGAUGUCACGGCUGGCAAGGCUGGUGGUAGUGUCGUCUCGUGA